AUGCGCGGGGCUGGCAAGGCGGGGAAUGGAGAGGCCGCGCGGAUGGUGAUGGUGCUGGGGAAGGGCGGCUCGGGAAAGACGACGGCCUCCGUGCUGCUCGCCCAGCGGUAUGCAGCAGCGGGGUACCGCACGUGUCUGGUGGUGCAGUCUCAGGAUCGAGUGGCUGACAGGCUGCUCGGCAUGCGCCUCACUCCCUCGCCCCAACCCGUGCCCGUGCCCGCUGCUGCUGGUGGUGAUGCCUCACAACAGCCACUGCUUUGUGCUCUUCGUGUGGAAACCACCAAGCUGCUACUGGCGCCUCUAGAGAUUAUAAAGAAGGCGGACGAGCGACUGGGCAUCACACAAGGCGCACUGGCAGAGGUGGUGGGGGAGGAACUCUCGGUGCUGCCCGGCAUGGACGCAGUCAUGGCAGUUGCAGUGUUGGAGCGCAUCGCGCGUCCAGCUGGCGGCCUGCUGGCCUUCGCCACGUCAUCAGGGCCACGAUCCACGUCAGCGGGGAAGAAAGGGGCGGCAGGGGGGGAGUGGGUGUACCCGUGGGGUGAUGAGGAGGCGGAGGUGGUGGUGUUCGAUGGGGCCACCACCUGGGAGGUGCUGCGAAUGCUGGCCAGCCCAGAGAAAGCCAGGUGGUAUCUGAGGCGGUUUCGCACCCUGGCAGAGCGGACGGACAUCGGCCGUGUGGCUCUGCCCUCCGUGGCCCGCCUGCUCGACUCCAUCGUGGGCUCCUCCAAAGGGGGGAGUGGGAGUAGCACUGCUGGGAGUGGAGGGGAGGAUGGGCAGCGCAGCACAGCGGAGAUUUGGGAGAAGCUCGACUCCUUCUUGUCUAAAGCUGUCUCAGCCUUCGCCGACCCGUACCGCACCUCCGUCUUCCUAUUGGCCGACGCAGCGAGCCACUCAUCAGUCGACACGUGUCGCCGCAUCUGGGGCUGCGCAGUGCAAGCAGGCGUGGCCCCUUCAGGCGUCUUCCUUCUCCCAUCAGAGGCUGCAUCGGAGACAGCAUCGGGGGGACUGGCAGAGAAGUUUUCUCCGCUGCCCGUGGCGGAGCUGCCCGUGGUGUCAGAGGAGGCACCGGCGGCUGUAGCAGUCGCGGCCGGGCAGAUGAACGAUGGGGCGGUGGCGGUUAUGAAUGGGGAAGGUGCGGGGAAGGCUCCUCCGGCGGUGGAUGUGGACGUGGCGGCAUGCACGGUUCGUCUGUUUCUGCCGGGAUUUGACAAGCAGGAGGUCAAGCUGCAACAGUGGAAGGGCGGGGCGGAGCUGCUGGUGGAGGCGGGGGACCAGAGGCGGUGCGUGGAGCUGCCUCGAGCCAUUCAGGGGAAGGUGGUCGGGGCGAAAUUCGACCCCGCGGGAUUCCUUAUAAUCACGCUCAAGCCUGCAGCAAACUCGACGCUCUCGGGCCUCCAGUCGUCCCUCAGCGGCCAGAUCGCGUCUCUCGACGCGCUUCUCAAGAAAUCGCUCGAGAAUAUCUCUGCGGCUCUCAAAAGCAGCCCGUCAGCUGCAGACAACGCGCUCCAGGCGCAGAUAUCCGCGCUAAAAGCGAACCUCGCUGCCUUAAACGAGAGCCUCGUCAAUCUGAACGCGCUGAACAUCUCCGGAUCGGAUUUGAACGUCACGGAUUUGAUUUCCUCCAAGAUCUCUGGAAUCCGAUCCAACAUCUCCUCGAUCACCACCGGCAUCGCCGCUCUGAACAAGGACCUGGCCUGGAUAAUCGGCUCGGGCGUUAGCUCGGGCGUAGGCUCGGGCGCAGGCUUGGCGGGCGCGUUGCGUCCAGCAGCUGGGGCAGCUUCCGCGAGUGGGAGCGCGGCGAUCCGCGCGGCGGUGAGGCAGCGGCUGGCGGCUGUGACGCAGCAGGUCGCGGGGCUCAACGGGAACGUGUCCGCCCUCGCCGGGAUGGUGACCGACUUGCACAGCGCGCUGAGCAGCGCUCUGGAUGGCGCUCUCAACAGCGCUAUAAAUGGCGGCGCUUUGAACAGCGCUCUGAAUGGGGGUUUGAACAACGGCGGCGUGGUGGGGGAUCUCGCGAAUCUUCUUCCUCAGCAGGCGGGCAUGCUGCGUGCCGUGCUGACGUCAUGCAACGGCUUGCUGUCUCUCCAGGCUGGCGCUGCCGAUAUUCAGAUCCUCAAGAUUGGCUCGGACUACAUGCUCACAUACUACCUGUACGUAGCAGGAGUGACCAAGGCCCCGGACUCGCAGGCCAUUUUCAAGGGCAAUGCCUGCAGCAACAGCGCUGCUUCAGCAGCCCUCGCCCUGCCUGGCACGUGGGUGCCCAUGAGCCCGGUGUCCUGGUCGCUGGCCAAUGUCGUGAGGGCGUCAGCUGCUGACGUGGCGGAUGUGCUGGCAUUGAUCCAAGGGAUCACCAAUGAUGACCUGUUCCUCGGAUUCUCCGGUGCUGACGUGGCACUCUCAGGGAGAAUGAUGGGUGGAAGGGUGUGA